AAAAAAAAAAUGAUAAACUGUGGUCCUGCUUUACUUGUUUUAUAUCCGUGCGUAAAACUGCUGUGUUUCUUUUUGCCGUGCGCUGCGUUUUUGAGUAUGAUAAGCAUUUAUUUGGGAGGUAUUUUCUCCUAUUACACUAACGUUGCUGCUGUUAAAGUUAAUACAAUCGUAAAUUCGACGUCCCUUUAAAAAUAACGUUACAGAAGAAGCUUAUUAUUUGUGCUACUACAAGAAGCGUUGUAAUAGGUACAGAUUUCUCGUUGCCAUGAUAUAUAGAUAUCGAUGUGGUUGCUAUGACAAUAGCAUUAUUGAAUUUACAACAAUUAUUUACAAUGGCGACCGACGAGGAGAAAUAUAAAUUGGAAAAAUUAUUACAAGAAUUGGACGUUCCUGAACUUAAAUUACCUGACAGAUGUAAUGGGCUUGUUAAAGAAUUUCGUGAAAAAUACCAGGAAGAAAUAGAAGACGAGCAAUUAAUUUUCGAAAUAUAUGAAAAUCCAUACGUUCCAGACAAACAAAUGUUAGAAGAAAAUACAAAGAAACUAAAUGAUUUAGUAGCAGAAAGCAAAUGCGAAAAAAAAAAAAUUAACGAAAGCGUAUUGGGUAAAUUGAUAUCAAGUGAUCCUAAGCGCCCGUGGCGAACCAAUUCAUGCAGGGAAAAGCUUUUACGGGUUGACCUUGAACUUAAACAAUACAAAGAAAAAACAGACCAAGUGAUCACACCGUUAGAAGAACAUAAAAUGAAAGAUUUAGUAAAAGAGUGUCAAGAAGAAUCCUCUGUUGCGUGUCCCAUAGGAGCUGAUAGAUUGAGAGAGACCGUUGAAGAAGCCAGGAAAAAUUUACCAAACUUUCAGUUUAGAAAUGUUGAAAAUACAACUGCCACAGCGAUAUUGCCAAAUGCUCAAUUCCUUACAAUUUCUGUAAGAGAAACGAAUUGUGAUCCAUAAACUACGUGCCGCCAAAUUGUAUUACACAUCUACCUACUAGUUUAAUAAAAAUUGUUUUGUCUAAACUUA